AUGGAAAGAAAAUCUGAUGAUCUAGAGUCAUACUCCAAGACCAAAAUUCAAGAGAUGGAGAAGGAACUAGACCAAAUGCGUGUGAUAAUUAAGGAGUUGGAGAAGGAUCAUCUCAUGUCCCAAAUCGAAAAUGGUUGUAGCCUUGAUGACCUUUCUCAAACCGAGAAGGAACUAGACCGGAAGGUAAAUAAGGAGUUGGAGAUGUCUCAGCUCAUGUCCCAACUCGAAAAUGGUCGUAGGCUUGAUGACCUUUCUCAAACCGAGAAGGAUGCUUUAAAAUCAUAUGCAAGUGAGAAGAUUACAUCUUUGGAAAGACUAUUAGGUAAGCAACAGCAACAUCCGUCUACAAGUGCCAUCAACGAGCCAAUUCUUGUGGAUGAUGAUGAUGAUGAUAUCCCAAAGGCUGCACAUGACGACGUUGCACCUGUAGGGGGACCUUCUUUAAACCCAAUGGGAAGGGGGAGUGACUAUUUCAUGGAAAAUUGGUUCUUCGAUACUCCAAAACUCCUAAAACAUGGAGAUGAGACGACUAAUUUAACCACAGUGGCAUCUCGAUUUGACCUGAACAUGGUACCUUCUGAUGGCGAAGUCCUAAAACAUGGAGGUGAGACUAAUUUAACCACAGUGGCAUCUCGAUUUGACCUGAACAUGGUACCAUCUGAUGAGAUCAUGAAGACCUAUGAAGGUCAGAGCAGCAAGUCUGGUGGUGCGGACGAAGCCUAA